AUGCCGACCUCUAUCGAACUCGAAGUCGUCUCCGCGACGCAAGUUGUAUCGCAUUCUUCCGACCGUGCAUCACCACCACCUACGAUUGUCUCUGGAGCCCAGCAUGGAGGAGAUACGCCUUCCCGGCCACUCACCUUCCACCUUGCCUUCCUGUCUCUUGUGCUUAUGGUCCUGGUCGCUUCACUCGAUACGACGAUGCUUUCUGUUGCGCUUCCAAUCAUCACGCGCCAACUGCACGGCUCCAACAUCGAGGCUUUUUGGGCCGGCCUAGCAUACAUUCUCCUGGUCGCCAUCACGCAGCCUCUCUACACCACUUUCUCGGACGUCACUGGCCGCAAGAUCCCUCUCUACAUAGCGUUCACGCUGUUUGCUACGGGCGCCGUCAUCUUCGCCACUGCGCACUCCAUGCCGCUCCUGGUGCUGGGCCGCGCAGUGCAGGGUCUUGGGGGCGGUGGCCUUGACGUUCUUAACGAGAUCAUCCUGGCAGAUUUGACGACCCUUAAGGAGCGGCCUCUGUACAUGGGACUUAUGGCUGUUCCGAUGGGUGUAGGGACGGUCGCGGGCCCGAUUAUCGGCGCGGCUUUUGCUCAUGAUGCCUCGUGGCGCUGGAUCGGCUGGAUCAACCUGCCGAUGGUGGGCGCCUCCGCUGCUCUGGCUGUGGUGUUCUUGCGGCUGAGACCCAUUCGGGCGAGCAUGCGACAGUUAGAUUUCAUCGGGAUGACGGCGUUCGCUCUUGGGUGCCCGGCUGUUGCGGUCCCGCUCAGUAUUGCUGGGCCAGAUAAUCCAUGGAGUUCGGUGCAAAUUCUACUCCCACUGAUCACGGGCUUCGUCCUACUCGGCGGACUUGUAGUCUACGAAGCGCGACCCGAGAAUGCUCUCUUCCCAUACCGUGUAUUCCGAUCCCGCUCAGCCAAGGUCAUGACCAUCACGGGGUUCUUGCACGGUCUCAUUCUCAACCCCAUGUUCUACUGGCCGCCCCUAUUCUUCCAAGCCGUGACCUUCGCCACGCCCCUUCGCUCCGCGGUAUUAGUGCUCCCCCUAUGCUGCAGCCUCGUAGCAGCCAUCCUCGCCGCAGGCUUCCUGGUAGACCUGACUCGCAAGACCCGUCUCCUAUCAUGGCUGGCAUGGGGCCUCCUAACCCCCGGCCUCGGACUCUUCUCACUCUGCGACGCGCGAACUUCCCUCGUCGAAUCAAUCGUCUUCCAGAUCCUAACCGGCACAGGCAUCGGAACGCUCUUCACCGUCUCGCCUCUCGUCAUGCAGGCCAGCGGCACCAGCCCCGACGAUCAAGGCCUCGCCGUCGGCAUUCUAGUCUCCAUCCGACUAUUUGGCGGCCUGAUCGGGCUUGCGCUGGCGUCGACGGUUUUCUCGCUCGCUUUCGCGAGCUCUAUUCGUUCGAACGGUGCGGUUUCCGUGGACGCUGUGGUGAAACAGGACCCGAGUGCUGCUGUGGCUUUCAUUCCGGAGCUUGUGGAGUCGCGGGCUAGAGAGGAGAUUUCGAGAUCGUAUCUCGAUACCAUGCGGAUUAUUUGGUAUGUUCUGUCGGGGUUGAGUGGGUUGGGUUUGAUAAAGUCGUUUGGGAUGGAGGAGGUGUCGUUGGAAACGGAGGAAAUUGGGCGGCAGCACAUCGAGUAG